UAAAAAUACGACAAGUUUCAACUGAGAUUUUUUUUUUCGAUGAAAGUAAGUUGAGACUUGCUAGCGCCACCUGUUGGCGCGUUUCAACCUCACCCAACUCCCUCCACCUCCCACCACUUGAUUCUUAGAAGCUUUGAUGGUCGAUACAUUUACUGGUUUAACUAGUUUUUAACGUUUUUGUGUGGUGUUUUAUCCUUACAACAUCUUAUUUUUAUCGUUAAUUGCACUCUUGCACCUGCAAUUAUCAUCUAAUUGCAAAAACCAAGCGAUCAAGUCGACGAAACGCAAAAAUGUCAUUCACAACAGGAUCAUCCCCUGACUGUUCCGACUCCCACUUAAGCCUAACGCCCCAGUUCUGCGUUCCUGCUUGCACCCCAUGUGUCUCAGACACGGAGGCAGAGCUCUACUGUCUCGUAUGCCAGAAUUAUCUGUGCAAACAAUGCUACUUGUACCACGACAUUAACGACUAUUUAAACCUCCACCGUGUGGUUUUUAUUUGCGAAAUUGCCAAUUUGGACGAACUGAUCCAUCUGAUGUCCGAUCCGGACGUGGUCUUGAACUUGACCAUUUUCAACUCUGACUGGAUCUACAAGAACAUGCUGAAAAAACAGAUCACUGAGAACAAACAAGCGCUUGAACGCAUGCUGGCAAUGUCCGAUUUUUUGCGCAAGCAAUUGCACGUUUUGGAAAAUCAUCGCUGUGAAAGUAUGCGCUUGAUUUGUUCGUCGCAUAGACAGUUUGAAACUUAUUUGCGGAGUCAGAAAGACCAGAUUGUUACCUCUUUGCAAAAUGAAUACGACGGGGUCAAGAUGUCCAUUCUUACGAAGGCGCAAACUGUUGAUCAGACUGUUAGGGAUUUGGUGGUCAAGUUGAAUAAAAUGCAGCUGAUGACGGAAAAUAAUGGCGAAACUGCGAGUGGGAUUGAUAUGGAGAUGGCGGCUAGACAUGGGCUUUUGCUGAAUGGUGAUUGUAUGGAUAAUAAUGUGUUUUUCAACGACUUUGCUUCGUAUUUGCCGGAUGAUUUCCACUCGAAUGGCACCGAUUCGUCGGAUGCCACCGAUAGGCAUGUAAUUCCUAGCGAAUUUCCUAACUUACCUGUACUAGCCCUCGAACCUCCAAAAUCGAAGUGUCACGUUAAUCCUGACCUUUCAUUGUCCAGUUCAAAUCCUGAUGAUAAUAUUCUUCUUCCCUCUCAUGAUAAUAAUGUUGUUAAUUCGAUGCAACUUUGUAAAACAUUCGGGCAAAAAGGAAACGGUUCGGGUCAGUUUAAUUCACCGCACGGAUUUUGUAUCGGGUUUAACGAGGAUAUUGUCGUUGCUGAUAGUAGCAAUCACCGAGUUCAGAUUUUUGAUAAGUAUGGCCGUUACAAGUCCCAAUUUGGUAUAACCGGCCGUCAUGAUGGCUACUUGUGGCAUCCUCGUAAAGUGGUCUGGUUACAAAAAAAAUGCUGUUACGUCGUUUGUGAUCGUGGUUACGAGCGAUCACGUAUGCAAGUUUUCACCAAAGAGGGAAAGUUUUACAAAAAAAUCAACGUUCAUUUUAUUGAUAUCGUGGCAGGCAUUGCUGUCACUUCCAAUGGGGAAAUUGUUGUUGUGGACAGUGUCACACCCACACUUUUCAUUGCUGACGAAAAUGAUUUCUUGAGGACACUUGAUUGCUCGCCCUUUAUUCAGGAGCCUUCCGACAUUGCCGUUGUCGGGAAGGAGUUUUACAUCUGCGACUUUAAAGGUCACGCAAUUGUUGUGAUGGACGACGAUGGUAAUUUUUUGCGCAAGUUUGGCGGUACUGAAACCACCAUGUUCCCGAAUGGGAUUGAUAUUUCGAGUACUGGUGAUGUCAUAGUAGGGGAUUCCCACGGCAAUUAUUUUCAUGUUGCUGUUUAUUCGAAACAAGGGAAUUUUCUUGCUCAAUAUCGCUGUCCUGUCGUUAAAGUUUCACGCUGUUGCGGUUUAAAAAUGACCUCAGAAGGGCGUUUGGUAACAGUUGAUAAAAAUUAUCAUCAUGUUAUUGUGUUUGAAAGUUUGUUUGGGCCUCCAGAAGCAUUUUCGUGAGCUGUUUUUUUAUGUUUAACUUUUGUUCUUUUAUUCAUAUAUUUUUUAAUCGUUUUGUUCAGAUUUAACGACGUUUUUCUCGUCAAAAUUUAGGUUUAGGAUAAGUUUUUCGAUAUUGUUUACUUGUGUUUCGUAUUUCUCGUUCAUUUAGCUUUAGGUUUCGUUGUGUUUCGUUCAAAUAAAUUGUUCUUUGCAUUUA